AUGGGUUUUCGAGCAAUUUUCCUGCUGCACUGCGGCGCUUCAAUUUUCCUCAUCAUUGUCGGAAUAUGGAUGCAUUGGGCAAAUUCCUUGCAGAGUGUGACACACUACCUGGAGGACUCAAGGCGAAGCAACGAGAUCCUGGUGGUCCUAUCCUGGCUCCCGAUGCUUCUGUCAGGAUGGCCGCUUUUGUUCUUUGGUACGUCUCAAGAUGUUGCCAAUACUUUCAUUCAAGUGGCAGCCUUUGCUUUCAUGUACUUGCCACUACUGGAUUCAGCAAGGGAGCUUCUUUUGCUUUGGGGUUGCUACAGCAUUCUUGUGGGUGCAAGACUCUGGCAUUUGCAAAUGACUACCGUGUCACCCGUCGGGCUCAGCUUUUUUAUGCAGCGAUGUUUUUUCUGCAUAGCAGCAUCCUUUUUGUACCUGCACACUCGGAUAUGGUUGUUGAAGCGGAAGAUGAUGCCUCUCACGUCCUCCUGCCUUGACGAAUGCAACCGGCGAAGUUUCAACUCCCUGGACGGACCCGGGGGUCCAGACGCUGUGGCAAGCCUUCCUGUCUUCAACGUUGAUGGCGAUGCUAAGCUUCGAGCUCUUCUAGUGUUGCAGCGCAGGCAGCUUGUGAAGCAGCAGCUGAUCGGGCAGCUGGUUUGGGCAGCUCAUUGCCAGGUGCAUGGCUUACUGCCGUCUACUGUGUUGAGUCACAUCCUCUCCAUGGUGGAUGUGCCCGACCCAUCUGAAGCUGACUCUGCCACGCUAGGGCUCUUAGAUGAUGACUAUGACCUGCUUUCGCAAGUUUCCAGCAUCCGUCCGACAAGCACUGCUCGAUCUUCAGUGUCUUCUGUGACUUAUUUGCGUUCCAUUCUUCCCGCACGACUAGCUCUUGGGCCGCCUCUAUCACCUGGAAGUGCUGCUCAUCCUCCGGUGGCAGAAGAAGCCGAAUCGCCAAGUGGAUCUGAGGUGCCCUGGGCGGUGUUUCUCACAUCUUGGGCUGUUCUGGGCCUGGCGAUCGCAGCAGAGGCAAUCACAAGCGCGUGA